AUGCAAAAACUGACGGAGCGCAUAGACGACCUGAAGCAGAGAAUCGCUGCUUGGGGAAAGCGAAUUCGGCGAUAUACCGAGAGGUCGACACGGUUCAACCAGAAUCGUCUCUUCCAGAGUGAUCAGAAGAGGCUCUAUAAAUCAUUGGAGCGACCAAUGGUAAGUGGAACGGCCCCAGUACCGAAUCAGGCCGACACGGUCGCAUUCUGGCGCGGCCUGUGGUCAGAGCCCGUAAACCACAACGAGGGCCCUUGGACGGAAGUUGUGGCGAGUCAAUGUGCGGGUAUUACGCCAAUGGAUCCCGUCACCAUAACGCCGGAUGACGUAGCUGAGGCGGUCCAUAGGGCUCCGAACUGGAAAAGUCCGGGACUCGACGGGCUGCAUCACUACUGGCUGAAGGGGUUUAGGUACCAAUAUACCUCGAUUCCUCGGGAAGCCUACGGUCGAGUUGUUACAAAAGCUUCGCCAAACGUAGUACGUACUCCGGAUUAUGAUGAGAUGUUUGGAAUGUUAAAUGUUCCGCACACGUCUGGCAAAAUACUGCGAUACCCGGGCCCGCCCAGACCUCUUGGACAACCUUCAUUUAUGAUCACACCACAAAGAGAUCGAUUUGAAGCCUUGAAGAAGCUGAUACGAAAGGAACAUGUUCCCGGUCGCGGAAAUGAGGACUUCGUGAAUGAUAAUUAUGGCGAAGCGAAACCCCGAGGCUUACAGCCCUUGCAGGUAGAAUAUCCCGCCGAUGACAGCACUAGACACUCCAAAAAACCUCCCAGUGGAAGCCGCCAGGUAUCCCAGUUCUCACGCUUACGCGAUGUAAUGUUGCCACCGGUCCGUCGCACCUACUACCACCCUUACUUCGACUACCCGACUCCCGAGUUCGUUCCUUACGUCUAUUGA